AUGAUAGGUAGAAAAGAAUCCUGUGCUUCAGGACAAUUACCAAUGACCGGCCUCAGCUGCCUUUUCUAUGCACUGGAAGAAUGGACUGUUGUGGAGUUCCUGAAGAAAUACCUUUUUCAUCUGAUCAUUGCCUCACUGACAAUUAGUGCAAUAUUAGUUUUUUUUAUAGUUCCUUUAACAAUUGUCUUCUUCAUUUACCUUACUAAUAUUUUGCUUUUAAUAUAUCAGAGGAACAAUGAGUUAAAAGCAGAUCCUUUGAGUGAUGUUUGGAAUAGUGUAAGAAAAACUAUAGCGAGCUUUUGGGAUAUAUAUGCAAGAGUAUGGCACGGUUAUGAGCUUCAUGGUGUGAAAAACCUCCCAGAAGGACCAGGCAUUCUUGUGUAUUACCAUGGAGCUAUUCCUAUAGACUACCUUUACUUUUUGUCUAGACUGUUUCUGUGGAAGAGAAGACUUUGCCUGUCAGUAGCUGAUCAUUUUGUGUUUCGUUUACCAGGACUUAGAUUAUUGUUGGCAGUGACGGGUGUUAUACCAGGUACGAGGGAGGAGUGUCUUGGUGCCCUGAAGAAUGGACACUUGGUGUCCAUCUCACCAGGUGGAGUUCGAGAAGCUCUGUUCAGUGACGAAAGUUAUCAGCUCGUGUGGGGAAAUCGAAAAGGCUUUGCUCAGGUCGCUCUAGAAGCAAAAGUGCCCAUCAUUCCAAUGUAUACUCAAAAUGUCCGUGAAGGCUAUAGGAUGUUUAAAGAAAGAAGAUUUUUUAGACAGUUAUAUGAAAGCACUCGAUUGCCUUUUACUCCUCCAUACGGAGGACUUCCAGUUAAAUUUCGCACAUACAUUGGGAAGCCAAUCCCUUAUGACCCGAAUAUAACUGCAGAGGAAUUAGUUGAAAAGACAAAGACUGCUGUCCAGGAUCUCAUAAGCAAGCACCAAACAAUCCCAGGCAACAUAUGGAAGGCUUUACUGGAGAGAUUUGAUAAACGUCGUAAAAGUGAUUAGAAUGCUCAUGUUUAUUGCACUGGCUUUACAGCAUACAGUAAAAAACAAUGUCCUACAGUACUGGUGACUAACAGUUAGUGUUAACCAGUUUAAAUUACAAAUUUCAAUUCAGAUUUGGUGGAAGGAAACAAUUAACCUUUUGUAAGUUCCCCCAUAUCUUUGAGAAUGUCCUGAACUAAGAAAGAUUGAUGAAGAUGACUUAUGUAUAAUAGCAAUGCAACAGCUAAAUUCCCCCAAAGGAAAUCAUGCAGCCAAAUUUUUUCUGGUUCUUAAAACAAGUUUGUACUUACAUCCAAGAGCUUUAGUGUUGUUGUCUAGAUCUGUGCGUUUGUGCUUCGAGCACAUUCUGGUAUCAGAGCAGAGCCUCAGGGUUGGUGUUGUCCCACUAGAGACCACCUCAUGGGGCACACCUUCCCUGAUGAGCCCCAAGCAAGACAUGUCAGAACAAACUGUCUUGCCUUAGGUAAUCAGCUACUGCUUACACCAUUCUCAUAGAGUCUACAAAAAGAGACAAUCCCAUUAAAACAGAUGUUAGACUCCUUCAAACACACCAGCUUACUAGUGCGUACCCUGGAAAGCAGAAUUGUUUGCAUUCAAGACUUCUUCCCCACAGAAGAAGGUUUCUCAAAGAGAGGGGAAAAAAGCUUUAGUUCAGUGUAACAAACACUGCAAAUACAUGUAGAAGGUAGUUUCAAGUCUGAGCUGGUUCAUGCAUGCUCUAUUGCACCACACCAUAGGUGUUUAGUGUCUAAACAGCUGCCCCAGCCUGAAAACCCCUGGAUAUGAUGUGUACAGUAUGGUUGUGCUGUAUUUACUCAAAUCUCGCAGUGAACAGGCUCAGGGGGAGCUUUUUCAGGCAAUGCAUCUUUGAGGCUUAUCAUCAUUGGUUGUUUGCCUAAAAAUGCAGUACUGCAACACUGCCGGUACACAUUGAACCAAAAUGCCUGUUUGGAAAGGCAGUCUUGUCUUCCUAAUGCAACUUGUGGAAAACUGAAAGUUAGUACAAAGCAGAACAUAUUCUUACAGGCUGUGGGAUGUUGUUACUGGUGGGAGCGGGACGACUUUGUGUAAUCUAUCUAAUAUGCCACUUCAAAGACCAAGAUAGGUAAUUUUUGUGCCUCAUUUUCCUUCAUGUACUUUUAAUACGUAAAUAAUCUUUCCUCUCAACAUCCGAAAAGGUUACAUAGCAUCUAAGGAAAUAUAUGGAAUGUUUGCCUGUUUUUCAGUAGAAAACUAAAUCUGCUCUUUGGAUUAAAUAAAUUCUUCCCUGACCCUGCCUCUUCACAAGUAUUUCUUGCACAUCUGGUGAAGGGAGAAGGAUGGACAGGUGAGUUAUUUCCCUGGACCAAAGAGACAGGAAUCCUGUCAAAUCCUGUCAACCCUCAAAUCUGUCUUACGAUACAGGAGUCUUUACUUGAACACCUUAACUGCAGUAUACAGGCAGAAAGAUUUUUCUCCCAGCAGAGACUCAGCAUGCAUAGGAGAUGAUGAAGUAAAGCAGAUCAAGAUGCAGACUGAUAUGCCUGGACAUAAGCAGGAAUUCAAACCAUGAAGUCUUCCAUGCUGCACUGCAGUGAUACAAGCUAAAAUUCAAAGCCUGAGCUUUCAAGGGAGAAAAGAAACUAAAGGAAAAGGUUAUAGAAUACUAAAAUGGACACAGAUGAAGAAGCAAGAAGAAUUAUAAGUAACCAGAGUCUGAAGGCUUUCUU